AUGGCCUGGUUUUCCCUUUGCCUCCUAAGCCUUCUCUGGGCUAUGGCUGCGACCAGCACCCAGACACGAAGCUCAUGCUCUGUUCCCCCAGCACAGCAGCCCUUAGUUAAUGGCAUACAAGUAUUAAUGGAGAACUCCGUGGCCGACUCAGCCUACCCCAACCCCAGCGUCCUGAUUGCCAUGAACCUGGUCGGCACCCACAACUUGGAGGCCCAGAAGCUCCUGACUUACAAGCUCAUGGCCAGUGACACAGCCGGUCUGACCAUCGGCCAGCUUGCACUGACCGUCAUGGCCCUCGCCUCCUCCUGCCGAGACCCUGGGAGUAAAGUAUCAAUCCUACAGAGCCGAAUGGAGAGCUGGGCACCUUCACGCCCCAAUGCCGAGGCUUCAAGCUUCUACGGGCCCAGCCUGGCGAUCUUGGCACUGUGCCAGAAGAACCCUGAGACGACCUUGCCAAUAGCAGCCCGUUUUGCCAAGACCGUGCUGGCCAAUUCCUCCCCCUUCAAUGUAGACACGGGAGCAAUGGUGACCUUGGCUCUGACAUGUAUGUACAACAAGAUCCCUGUAGGAUCAGAGGAAGGUUACAGAACCCUGUUUGGUCAGGUGCUAAAGGAUACUGUAGAGAAUAUCAGCAUGAGGAUCAAAGACAAUGGCAUCAUCGGGGACAUCUACAGUACUGGCCUGGCCAUGCAGGCUCUCUCCGUGUCACCUAAGCAACCUAACAAGGAGUGGAACUGCAAGAAGACUAUGGAUGCAAUACUUAAUGAGAUUAAGCAGGGGAAAUUCCACAACCCCAUGUCUGUUGCCCAAAUCCUCCCUUCCCUGGAAGGCAAGACAUACCUAGAUGUGCCCCACGUGUCUUGCAGCCCUGAUCAUGAGGCGCAGCCAACUCUACCCAACAACCCUAGCCCUGGCCCCACCUCAGCAUCCGAAAUCACUGUCACGUACACCGUCAAUAACCAGCUGAGGGGGGUGGAGCUGCUCUUCAACGUCACCACCAACGUUAGUGUGAGAAGUGGGUCUGUGCUCCUUGUGGUCCUGGAAGAAGCACAACGUAAAAAUCCCGUGUUCAAGUUUGAGACCACAAUGACAUCUUGGGGCCUUGUCGUUUCUUCUAUCAACGACAUCAGUGAAAAUGUGAAUCACAGGACGUUCUGGCAGUUCCUUACUGGCACGACACCUUUGAAUGAAGGAGUUGCUGACUACGUACCCGUCAACCAUGAGCACAUCACAGCCAAUUUCACCCAGUACUAA